GUUUUACUGGAAUUAGACGAAGUCUUUCCAGCAAUUCAAUCAGCAGAGAUCGUGCACAAAUCGCAAUUGGUGAAAUUGAAAUGGUAAGUAUUAUCAAUACCAAGUGGGAAUUCUAAAUUGAUACUUCCAAAAUAAAUGUUCAUUCUUUCUUUGUACAUAUGAAGUCAAGGAUGACAAACCUUGGAAAAACUUGUCACCUAAUUAAAUGAAUUAAUUUGGACUAAAUACUUCAUUUAUCUAUUGCUGGAGGAUGUGAGAAAGCCUUCCCAUAUUUGUCCAGUACGUCUUACUGUUUGAGAAAUCUGGACUUCCCGGAGAACUAGUGCUCAAGUCAAACUGAAAACGCCUUUCUCAAAUGUGACAGAGGCAAAAUGUAAUCAAUCGCAAAGCAAUCGUUAACUGAAACCAUUUCACCGAGGUGAUAUCCUGUUUUCACUAAUCACUGUAACACAUCCAGCAGUGAAAGUGAAGAAAUUUUGAUGGAGUGGUGAGACAACGGCCACCCACCUUCGUGCAAAAUGGAGGAUUGGUAGGGAAAAAAUAUCAGGAUUUUGGGCUUCAGGAUUUUUUUCUUACUCGAUGGAACUAUAGCCAAUUGUUGAAGGAUUUUUUUUAUGGAAAUUUCAAGUGUAAAUUUUAUACAUUUAUUUAGACCUACUGUAACCAGAACCAUUUAUUUAGACCUACUGUAACCUCUCUGGCAGGAAUUGGACCUGCGGUAGCGUUGUGUGUAUAUACUAAGUUGAUGCCAAUGUGAGGUGUAUGGUUAAAGACCAUGUAAAGUCCGUAAUGUAAACAAACGCUUUGUUUACAUUUUGAACUCAGUGCUACAGUUGUAAAAUAUGAUUAGAUAUAUAUUAUACUGAAUUUUUAACACUCUUCUGGUUCCCUAUGCUUGUAAAUGAAUACAGACUAAAGAUUCAAUUCAAGAAAGUUCAAAAGACACGAAAUAUAAAUAACAUUCCAACGGUCGGGUCCCGACCAUUGGAAUGUAAGCCUGCGCAGAACGUAUGCGCAGAACGGACUUUACAUGGUCUUUAAAUAUCAGGAUUUGGGGGAACUCACUCGAUAAAUCUGUAGCUAUUGUUGAAUUUCCUGUUUAGGUCUAAUAAAUGUACAGUAUAUAACAUUUACACUCGAAAUUCGCAUCUACAAAAUCGUUCAACGAUUGGUAGGGAAAGGCUAUCAGCCUAAUUUAAAUGUGUAAAUUGCAGUUUUAUCUCAAAUUGAGAACGUUUUAUCAGAAAGCCAGUGUUUCAUCCUACUGCAAACCGGCCAGUUUUUCAUGGUAGUCGAUGCCAUACUUUAAAUUGCCCAAACGUAAAUAAAAUAAAUCAAUAUUAAAUUUAACUUUACUUUAUCAAUAUUCAACUUAGCUUCAACAAUGCCCUGAUUCACACUACAAAGUAGUAUGUGCGAUUGUUUAUGACCAAGUUCGCCUUUGCCACCUUUGUUUUUUAUUUAGGCAAUAAUCAGUUUCUCAAAAGCCUUGCAUAUUACGCCGGAGUCAGAAGAGGUAUAACCUUAAUUGUACUAAUCUUAAUUUCACAAAAACAAAGUACAGGAAACAAACUUCAAAUACAACUUAAUAUUAAAGUAAAGCAGGAGGACACAAUAUUCAACAGUGAUAUUUCGAAUUUAUUUUGCAAACUCAUCAUCAGAUUAAUUUAGAAAAGCUAUCCCUACAUAUACAAACGUGAUUACGUCAUAAACACGACGAAAGCGUGGGUGCGGAAGUGUUAGUGUGAUGAACAGUGUUCAGUGUGAUUAACAAGACGCUACAGUAUAUCAAGUCAAAUAGUGUGAGUUAUUUACUGGCUUUGAGUAUGGGCGGCCGUUACCACCAAAAACACUACACGUGUGAAAUGAAAGGACAUAAACAGAAAUCAUUCCUUACAAACACGAACGACUCAUCAUGUUUAGAAGUGCUUGAACCUAACGUAAUGAUGUAACUGGACAAGAUCAGAAAUGAUUCGUUUAAAAUUGAAACGAUUCACUUGAUUGUGUAUUAUAAUUAAUAAUUAUUGCGCUGAUUCGUAUAGUUCAAGUGAAGUGGCUUGGCAUAUUUUGCAAUGACGUAGCCGGUCGUAUACAAAUGACACGUUCGGUUGGCAAAUAAUAUUUUUUUGCCAACCGAACUUUCCUGUGUUGGCAAAUAGUUUGAAUCCAGAGUUCAGUUCUGGUUUCAGGGGGGGGGGGGGGGGGUCAUGAAGGCUGCUUCCAUUUUUAAAAGACCGUCUUCAUAUAAUGCUGCAAUUGAGUAAAGACUUUUGUAAUUAUUAAAUACAAUGUCAGCCAUAUGGGGAGAAAUUCAGUACUCGCCAGAAAAUCGGAACUCGCCUGACAUAUAGCACCGUGUUACUGUUAAUCCUUUAAAUCACGCUAAUACUUCCGCGCACUCACGCUAUCUUCCUGGUUAUGACCUCUUGACAAACUUAUCCCACAAAUAUGGUGGCGCAAGGAUAUUCAGACACUUACGUACGUCAGGCUAUACAAAGUGUUUACUACUACAUAUGUAUUAAUUUGGGACCCAUCGUAAAAAUCUAGAAAGGGGAAAAAAUGAACAUGCUGCAUACACCUGACAGAAAUCGUUUCAAUUUGGUUUUGCCAUAGUCCGACAGCUUUUCCCGACCUACCAACCUUUAUUUUUUAUUUUCAUGUUCCAUAAUUAGACAAAGAAACAGAUAAAAAAGUGUGGCCUCAGAAAAGUUAAGUUUUACUCCACGCAGUAACCACAGUUGUCUUCUUGUAGAUUCGCAAUGAGGAUUUAUGUUGGGCAGUACACCUCAGGAAGGAAAAAAAUGAAAGACAAAAGAACCAUGAAAGUGACACAAAAGAGUGA